GCCAGACGCUCGUGCCAAGGGGACGUGUUGUGACUGCUCUGGCAGCGGAGGUGUGAUUAUAUUUUUACCCUUAUACAUUUUUUCUCCUCGGUUUACGGAGACAGUCAGCGGCCUGCAGGUGACUGGUCGUUCAUAGAUGAGGAGAUAACGGCGCGAUAAGGCGGUAUAGGUAGUGCCUCGCCUCCUCCUCCCCCUCUCUUCCUCCUGUCCUCCUCCUCCUCCUCCUCCUCCUCCUCCUCCUCCUCCUCCUCCUCCUCCUCCUCCUCCUCCUCCUCCUCCUCCUCCUCCACCCCCUCCCCUCUCCCGCCCCCUGCUAAGUGCCGGGGGAGCAGCGGCGAGGCGAUCCGCGGCCGCGACGCCUGAGCAAGGGCGAGGGCGCGAGGCAGCUCCUCCUCCUCAGUGCCGGCUCGCCGCAGGCAGCGCCAGCGGCUAGGCGCCCGGGGCCGAGCGGGUACGAGCGCAUGCAGGCGAGGGCAUCGGGGGGCGGCGCGUGAGUGCCAGCACACAGUGGAGACGGCGAGGCGGCACCAGGGUGUCUAGUGUGCGCGCGAGGGUGCCAACAGGGGUGUCGGAGGUGCCCAGCGACCACUGGUGCCUCGAGCGUCGUUGAGGAAUGCGCCCGCCGCGAGCCUGACCAGCUGUGCGAGCCUCCGAGCUGCGGUUGUUGUGACGAGGCCCCGGGAAGCGCACACGCAGCCACAGGAGGAAAGAGUAUGGACGCCCUGCCGUUGCCCAGCGCGCCCCUCCGCCACGGCCAGUGCUAGCGAACCCCCGCGGAUAUGGAAGAGAGAAAGAGGAAGAGAAAGAGGGGUAUGUGAUAAAGCUAAUAACAGAGGAAAGAACGACUAGCCAUUGCCAUUGUCCGCAAAGUGUACCGUACUGUGAGCGAUCGUAGAAUGUGGUAGGGCCAGAGUUUACGUCGCAGACACUCAUUCAAUUAACGAGACGACGCCGGAGGUGAAUGGACCAUAGAAGGCUUUUAUUUGGCCAGUUGAACGGCGGAGGCAAACGCGCUGGAAAAUGCUCGGAAUUGAGCCUGAAAUUUAGUGCCCCUUCACGACCGCCCCUCGACUCCAGCGGGCUCUGUCCAUAGCACAUAAGGGGCUCCUCUUUGUGUAGCUGCGCCCGUCGGUUCUGCUCGUGUGUUUCCUGCGCGGCCGCUGGCGCUACAGUGUGGCAGAACCAAACCGAACCAACUCGGUAUCCAAGUGCAAAGUUUUUGUCUGUGUUGUGUAUGCGAUAAGAUAACGUAAGAGACAAAGCCGUCCACGCCUAAGUGAUCAAAAUCCGACAGUGGAAAGUAAAAGUAUUGGUAGAUUGGUACAUCCGGGACUCCUGUGGUCCGCCUCCCCCCCACGGCCUGUGCCCCCUCGGCCUGGCCUCCACGAAUCAGCGCCUCGCGAGGAACUCCCUUGGCGACUGACCGGCCCGUCCUUCAGGAGGCGUCGCCGUCCCUGCCGUAACGACCCCGUGUCCCCUUUUUGGCGUCGUCGGAAGGGCCGUGCGUGCCCCCCCCCCCGCGCCACUGCCCACCGCGUCCGAGCCUCGUGGCCCGCCUGCAGUAACAGCGCUCUCCCGCCCCCUCCUGCAGCAGCAGUAAGCCGCCCAGCAGCCCGACCAGCGAGCAGGCGAGCGAGCGAACAGCCAGCGCCAUGACGGCCCUCAACUCCCUGUUCUCGUUCACGUCCCCGGCGGUGAAGAAGCUGCUGGGGUGGAAGCAGGGCGACGAAGAGGAGAAGUGGGCCGAGAAGGCGGUGGACUCCCUCGUCAAGAAGCUGAAGAAGAAGAAGGGCGCCGUCGAGGAGCUGGAGCGCGCCCUCUCGUGCCCCGGCCAGCAGUGCAAUUGCGUCACCAUCCCCAGGAGCCUCGACGGCCGACUUCAGGUGUCGCACCGCAAGGGCCUCCCGCACGUGAUCUACUGCCGGGUGUGGCGCUGGCCCGACCUGCAGAGCCACCACGAACUCAAGCCCCUCGAGCACUGCCAGUACCCGUUCUCCGCCAAGCAGAAGGAGGUGUGCAUCAACCCCUACCACUACAAGAGGGUUGAGAGUCCAGUUCUGCCUCCCGUUCUGGUGCCACGCCACUCUGAGUUUGCGCCCGGCCACUCACUCCUGACGUUCCAGCAGCAGCACCCGGAACCCAUGCCCAACAAUGUCUCGUUCUCACAGAACGGUUUUGUGCAUUCCCCCAUGGCAUCUCACCCCCAGAUGGGAAGCCAGACCAUCACGGGCGUCAACCAGCCUCCCUCGCCGGUCGUCAGCCCCUCCAGCCAAAGCCCCCUCAGUCCGUACUGCAAUUUCCCUGGAGGUGGAAAUCUGAGUGGCCUGAACCAGCCACCGUCUCCUGUUGUCAGUCCAUCCAGUCAGAGUCCUCACAGUCCUUAUGCCAGUACCCCGGCAGAUACACCACCUCCUGCGUACAGUCCGAGUGAGGAUAUCAAGCAGACGCAGCAGACGGACACUGCCAUGGACAUUGUUCCCGUGGGGACAGCGAUAAACUCGAAUGUCACACCUGUCACAUACCAGGAGCCAACAUACUGGUCAAGUAUAGCGUAUUACGAGUUGAACAACCGUGUGGGAGAGGUCUUUCAUGCCCACGGGCACUCUGUCAUAGUUGACGGGUUUACAGACCCCAGCAACAACUCAGAGCGCUUCUGCUUAGGCUUGCUGUCCAAUGUUAAUCGUAAUUCUACUAUUGAAAACACAAGAAGACACAUUGGAAAAGGAGUCCAUCUCUACUACGUGGGAGGGGAAGUGUAUGCCGAGUGUCUGUCUGACUCGGCCAUCUUUGUGCAGUCACGCAACUGCAACCACCACCACGGCUUCCACCCCUCCACAGUGUGCAAGAUCCCACCAGGCUGUUCCCUCAAGAUCUUCAACAAUCAGGAGUUUGCUCAGCUCCUCUCGCAGAGCGUCAACCAUGGCUACGAGGCUGUCUUUGACCUCACUAAAAUGUGUACAAUAAGGAUGUCAUUUGUGAAGGGUUGGGGUGCCGAGUACCACCGACAGGAUGUGACGAGCACCCCCUGCUGGAUUGAGAUCCACCUGCAUGGCCCUUUACAGUGGCUGGACAAGGUGCUCACGCAGAUGGGUGCACCCAAUGACAGGAUUUCCUCGGUUUCCUGAGUCCUCCCUCUUCGGCCAUCUCCUCACCUCACCUACGUCGCUUGUAACUCAAAUGCUCCUCCUACACAAUUCCCCUCACAUGCUACUUGGCAGUUUUUAUCUUGUAGACCUUUGUAGCCUGUUCUUGUCUUUGGUCUGCCUUAAUGUUUUAUGAUGUGCCAUUAUUAUUGUUUAGUUUUUUUAUCAUUAUUAUAAUUAUUAUUACUAUUGUUUCCCCCCUUUCCCCCAAGGUUCACGUGCGGUGUGGCCUUGCUCUAUGUUGCAUCACACAGUGUGAUACCAGCCUUAAAAGAUGGAGACUUUUAAGCCAAAGUCUUUGAUAUUUUUUUAUGUGUUUCUUGUAGUUGAAAUACAAUAGGCCAUGUUGAAAGUGGAAGUUACAAAAAAAUAAAAUAAAAUAAAAAAGUAAAAAAAAAAAAAAAAAAAAUGUAGUAUGAGUCACAGUAUAACAGAGCACAAGUGCAUGUACCACCCGUUUUUCUGAUCUCCAAUGAUAGGAUAAUUUUUCUACAACAUUUAACGGCAAUACCCUCUCAGUUCAGCAUUGGGGCUAUUGAAUGAGGCUUUCCUUUGUUUCUUUUCAUAUUUUUUUUUUCUUUUUCUUUUUCUUUUUUCUUUUUUCUUGAGAUUUGAAAAGGUCAUCAUUGGUACAGCUUUUGGCAUAACAGUAAGUUUUUACACAUGGAGAGCAAGGGCUACUCGGAGUAGUGCCCAGGUUCUUGUAUUUAAUUUUUUGCAAUAAAAUGCUGGUUGAGGGAGCUGUAUUGAAUCAAAGUGUACUGGCCUGGUUAGUAAAGUGAGGCGUUGUGUGACACGACCUGCAAAAAAUUUCCAAUCCACGCACAAGGAACAAGAACUGACAGAUGGGUCUUGUUUCUCGGGAUCAAAAAGAGACCAUGCUGAUUUCCCUUUUUCUUUCUUUAAAUAGCCAUGCAAAGGUAGUUUCUUUUACAAAAUUUUUAUAUGUUUGAGUCUGUGGUGGCACACGAAGAUUGCAAAAGGAGAGAAGAAAGCAAUUAGAGAAGCAGAAGUUUAUUUUGUGGUCAGGAUUUGCCUUAAGUUUAAAAUCUCAGUUAUUUUACAGUCAGAUUGAUUUUGCAUUACAGUAUGUGACAUCAGUUUUUUGUACGUUUCUUUUAAAUAGCACUUGUCUUUACAUGUAUUUCAAUAGUGAUCUGAAAACCAGCAACACAUAUUUAAAUCAUAGAGUGUCCAGAAAAAAAUGAAGUAAAAAAGAAAAGAAAAAAGAGCAAAAUGUAUUCACACGACUAAACAUUAGUGCUAACUCAAGUGGUUCCCCUGUCUACAAGUGAGAUGUCUUUAUCCCUUCUGAUGUGGAGAUCUUAUUCCAAUUAGGGACGAUCCUCUGUGCAUUCAGCAACGUACUGAUUUGGUUUAGAUUUGGAAAAGAUGAAUCAGAGAAAAUAAAGGAAUAUGUAAAUUCUCUUCAUGAAUGGAUGCAAAUAGAUAUCCUUCUGUUUUUUUUUUUUUUUUUUUUUUUUUUUUUUUUUUUUUUUUUUUUUUUUACCCAUUUUGUGUACGGUUUCCAUUGCAGUAUUUUUUUGACACGUCACAUUCCAUUAAUGUAUUUUUUCUCCACAGAGGAAAGUACUUUUUUCUUUUUCUUUUUUUUUUUUUUUUUUUUUUUUAAUCCAUGACAAAGUAAGCAAUAUUGUGAUACAAAGAAAAUUUUUGUACGUGACUUUGUUUACCCUGUGAGAAAUUACUUGGAAAAAAAAAAAAAGUGAAAUUGUAAUGUCCUACAGCUUUUGGGAUGUGGCACUUUGUUCUCAUUUUGAUCAUUUGGAAAAAGGAAGUUUUUCUGAUUUUCGUCAUCUUUGCUGCCUUUGGUCAGGGGAUCCAAACAGGGAAGAAAAAGAUGCCAGUGAUAACUUACUACCUAAUUGUAGUACCUGGAAUAUGUGUAUGUUAGGAGAAGUAAAUUUGUUACCGAGGAAAACGAAGCGAAAGCUAAGACGACGACAAAAAUUACUUGUAAAUUAGGCUCAGAGGAUUGGUAUUCCACUCUCUCCACCAUCUUCAGUUAAGACUUACACAUGCAGUAGAAGUAUAUGAAAGCAGUUUUAAGUAAAGCUGUCACAGUCUUGUACAAAGGGCGGAAGGAGUUAGGAGCUACUCUUAAGAAAUUCAACAUUUUAGCCUCUCCGACUAGCAUACUUUCUGCUUUAUACUUUUAACAUGCUUGAGUGUAAAUAUUCAUAUGUAUCGUUGAGGUAAAGGGUGCAAGGGUGUUGACAUUUGUGAUAAGAGUUGCCCAGUGAUGAGUACAUUGUAGGGAAGAUGAUGUGUCUCAGAAGAACAUCGCAUUACCCUUCAAAUCAAACUUUCUCACAAAAUAAAAGAAAAUACAAAAAAUUUUACUGGCAUUGGAGGUGGGUGAGUUCCCCCCUCCCCCCCCCUUCUCGCUGCAGAACUACUUUGACCACAAGAUGUUAGGUUUCAUGAGAUGUAGAACAGGGUCAGUUUUUUAUAUAAUUGUAUUACCUGUGAUGGUGUAAAUCCCCCUCACAAAAUAAAGGAGGGGAGAGUUCAAUGUAAAGUUUCAUUGGUUUGUGGAAUCAUGUUUUAGAAAUGUCAAAUUGGAGUAUGUGUCCAUAUUUCAAGUAAAAAGAUUUGUGCGCAGAUGGUGUCUUGUGUGUGUCUGAUUUUUUUUACUUUUGGUUCAUCAUCAUUUUAUUUUUGUUGUAUUUUUUUUUUUUUUUUUUUUUUUCUAAGAGAUAUGUGUUUGCUUUGAGGCAGCCAUCUGUUUCAUGCAUUCAUGUUUUUUUUUUUUUCAAUCACAUAAGUAAAAGUUUCUUAUUAAAAUGUUUGUAAUAGUUAAAAGUGCACCAAGUAGCACAAUUUAGAACUGCCUGGAAGGUAUGAUGAAAUUGAUCAAUAAAAUUAUUUGUUACACACCUGGUUUUGCUUGAAAUUAUUGACAACCGUAAGACAUCAAACAAUAUCCCUGGCCCUUUCCUUUUCAUAUCUUAAAGAAAUGUGUUUUUUUUUUUUUUUUUUUUUUUUUUUUUUAAUGUGCAAUUUAUUUCUCAAAAUUUGUUGUUUGUGUCCUUGUUUUAGCCGAGUAGGAUUGGCAUUAUUCUGCCGCUGCAAAUUUGAAUGGUGUCCGAGAUGUCAGUUUUUGAAUAAAAGUGCAAAGAAUUUUU